AUGUCCCGAAACGCCUCCAUUGGGUUUGGGACCAAGAGGCAUGUCCCAAUUGGCCCAAAUCCACCAACAUCUCCUGAAAGCCCUCCCGUAAAUUUUGGCACCAAGAGGCGUGUCCCAAUAGGACCAAAUCCAGCAACAUCUCUCGAAAUUCCUCCAUUGGGUUUAAGGGCUAAGAGGCAUGUCCCAACUAGCCCAAAUCCAAAAACAUCUCCGGAAAGCCCUCGCUUAAAUUUAGGCACGAAGAGGCGUGUCCCAACUGGACCAAAUCGAGCAACAUCUCCCAAAACGCCUCCAUUGGGUCUAGGAACUAAGAGGUGUGUCUCAACUGGCCCAAAUCCAGCAACAUCUCCUCAAAGCCCUCCGUCAAGUUUAGGGACCAAGAGGCGUGUCCCAAAAGGACCAAAUCCAGCAACAUCUUCAGAAAGCCCUCCCUUAAAUUUAGUCACCAAGAGACGUGUCCCAACUAGACCAAAUCUAGCAACAUCUCCCGAAACGCCUCCAUUGGGUUUAGAGACCAAAAGGCGUGUACCAACUGGCCCAAAUCAACCAACAUCUCCUAAAAGGCCUCCCUUAAAUUUAGGAACCAAGAAGCUUGUCCCAACUGAACCAAAUCCAACAACACCUCCCGAAACGCCUCCAUUGGGCACCAAGAGGAGUGUCCCAACCGGACCAAAUAUAGUAACAUCUCCCGAAACGCCUCCAUUGGGUCUAGGCAUUAAGAGGUGUGUACCAACUGGCUCUAAACCAGCAACAUCUCCUCAAAGCCCUCCAUCAAGUUUAGGGAUCAAGAGGCGUGUCCUAACAGGACCAAAUCCAGCGACAUCUCUAGAAACGCCUCCAUUGGGUCUAGGGGCUAAGAGACGUGUCCCAACUGGCCCAAAUCUAGCAACAUCUUCUGAAAGCCCUCCUUUAAAUUUAGUCACCAAGAGGCGUGUCCCAACUAGACCAAAUCAAGCAACAUCUCUCGAAACGCCUCCAUUGGGUUUAGGGACCAAGAGGCGUGUACCAAUUGGCCUAAAUCCAGCAACAUCUCCUGAAAGGCCUCCCUUAAAUUUAGGCACCAAGAGGCGUGUCCCAACUUGA